AAAAAAAAAAAAAAAAAAAAAAAAAAAAGGACUCUUCAGCCUAGAUCACUUUCUUAUCCGGACUGGGAUAUUAAAUAGACGACACGUCCAGGAGUUUAUUGGAGCGCAGACUGAUGGCGCAAAUGGACGGAGUAGGGGUGCCGGCGUCCAUGUACGGAGACCCCCACGCGCCGCGGCCGAUCCCCCCGGUUCACCACCUGAACCACGGGCCGCCGCUCCACGCCACGCAGCACUACGGCGCGCACGCCCCGCACCCCAAUGUCAUGCCGGCCAGCAUGGGAUCCGCUGUCAACGACGCCUUGAAGCGCGACAAGGACGCGAUCUACGGGCACCCGUUGUUUCCUCUGUUAGCUCUGGUCUUUGAGAAGUGCGAGCUGGCGACCUGCACUCCCCGGGAACCCGGAGUGGCUGGCGGAGACGUCUGCUCCUCCGACUCCUUCAACGAGGACAUCGCGGUCUUCGCCAAGCAGGUUCGCGCCGAAAAGCCACUUUUUUCCUCGAAUCCAGAGCUGGACAAUUUGAUGAUACAAGCAAUACAAGUACUAAGGUUUCAUCUUCUGGAGUUAGAAAAGGUCCACGAACUGUGCGAUAACUUCUGCCACCGGUACAUUAGCUGUUUGAAGGGGAAAAUGCCCAUCGACCUCGUCAUUGAUGAAAGAGACGGCAGCUCCAAGUCAGAUCAUGAAGAACUUUCAGGCUCCUCCACAAAUCUCGCUGACCAUAAUCCUGCAUCUUGGCGAGAUCACGAUGAUGCAACCUCCACCCACUCAGCAGGCACCCCAGGGCCCUCCAGUGGGGGUCAUGCUUCCCAGAGUGGAGACAACAGCAGUGAGCAAGGGGAUGGUUUAGACAACAGCGUAGCUUCACCUGGCACAGGUGACGAUGAUGAUCCUGACAAGGACAAAAAACGCCAGAAGAAAAGAGGCAUUUUCCCCAAAGUAGCAACAAAUAUCAUGAGAGCGUGGCUCUUCCAGCAUCUCACACAUCCGUACCCUUCCGAAGAGCAGAAGAAACAGUUAGCGCAAGACACAGGACUUACAAUUCUCCAAGUAAACAACUGGUUUAUUAAUGCCAGAAGAAGAAUAGUACAGCCAAUGAUUGACCAGUCAAAUCGAGCAGUGAGCCAAGGAGCAGCGUAUAGUCCAGAAGGUCAGCCCAUGGGGAGCUUUGUGUUGGAUGGUCAGCAACACAUGGGGAUCCGGCCCGCAGGACCUAUGAGUGGAAUGGGCAUGAAUAUGGGCAUGGAUGGGCAAUGGCACUACAUGUAACCUCCACCAUGUAAAGCAGUCGCAAAGCCAGGGGGAAGUUUGCAGAGCAUGCCAGGGGACUACAUUUCUCAGGGUGGUCCUAUGGGAAUGAGUAUGGCACAGCCAAGUUACACUCCUCCCCAAAUGACCCCACACCCUACUCAAUUAAGACAUGGACCCCCAAUGCAUUCAUAUUUGCCAAGCCAUCCCCACCACCCAGCCAUGAUGAUGCACGGAGGACCCCCCACCCACCCUGGAAUGACUAUGUCAGCACCAAGUCCCACGAUGUUAAAUUCUGUAGAUCCCAGUGUUG